AUGAUUGUGUGGCGUGACUGUGUCGAUGUGAUGGUGUGCAACCGAGACAGCGAUAGCGCACGGGACUGCGACUGCGCGACUGCGUGUGCCCGGGGGAUGUUUGUUCUGGGCCUGCCCUAUGCCAUCCUUCAUGGUGGAUACCUAGGACUCUUUUUAAUAAUUUUUGCUGCAGUGGUUUGCUGCUACACUGGGAAAAUCCUUAUUGCCUGUCUUUAUGAAGAGAAUGAGGAUGGGGAGAUAGUCAGGGUGAGAGACUCCUACGUGGACAUAGCGAACGCGUGCUGCGCGCCCCGCUUCCCCACCCUCGGAGGCAGAAUUGUGAACGUGGCUCAGAUCAUUGAACUGGUCAUGACCUGCAUCCUCUAUGUGGUGGUCAGUGGGAACUUGAUGUACAACAGCUUCCCCAACCUGCCUGUCUCCCAGAAGUCGUGGUCCAUCAUUGCCACGGCAGUGCUCCUGCCUUGCGCGUUCUUGAAGAACCUCAAGGCAGUCUCCAAGUUCAGCUUGCUCUGCACAUUGGCCCACUUUGUGAUCAACAUCUUGGUGAUCGCCUACUGCCUCUCCAGGGCACGUGACUGGGCCUGGGACAAAGUCAAGUUUUACAUUGAUGUGAAGAAGUUUCCCAUCUCCAUUGGCAUCAUUGUCUUCAGCUACACCUCUCAGAUCUUUCUGCCUUCCUUGGAGGGGAAUAUGCAGAACCCCAAGGAGUUUCAUUGCAUGAUGAACUGGACUCACAUAGCAGCUUGCAUCCUUAAGGGACUCUUUGCCUUGGUCGCCUAUCUGACCUGGGCUGAUGAGACCAAGGAAGUCAUUACAGACAACUUGCCGUCCACCAUUAGGGCAGUAGUCAACAUUUUCUUGGUGGCCAAAGCCUUGCUCUCGUACCCCUUGCCGUUCUUUGCAGCUGUGGAAGUCCUGGAGCGAUCCCUUUUCCAAGAUGGAAACAGGGCGUUCUUCCCCAACUGCUACGGGGGUGACGGGAGGCUCAAAUCCUGGGGACUCACCCUCAGAUGUGCCCUGGUAGUUUUCACCCUGCUCAUGGCUAUCUAUGUCCCACAUUUUGCCCUCUUGAUGGGUCUUACUGGGAGCCUCACAGGCGCAGGGCUCUGUUUCCUGCUCCCCAGUCUUUUCCACCUCAAACUCUUGUGGAGGAAGCUCUUGUGGCACCAUGUCUUCUUUGAUGUUGCCAUUUUCGUUAUAGGUGGUAUAUGCAGUGUCUCUGGGUUCAUCCACUCUUUAGAAGGCCUCAUAGAGGCCUUCAGAACCAAUGCUGAAGACUAAGGAGGGGCCAGAGUCGGUUGCAGUAAGAGAAUCGUAUCGAACAUCUGCAUAGCCAAAUAAUUCUGCAUCCCUUUAAUGGAAAGAGUCAUUAUUUUCGUUAUGUGCAUCCAACAAAUUCUAUGUCAGAGAAUCUGCAAAUUAAAGGAAAUGAGAUGAAAGUGUUCGCCCUGCUGUCUUUUUAAAUAAGCUAAGAUUUAAAUAUAUUUUUUUGUUAUUUAGAAUUUUUUGAAGGAAAUUAUCUGGUGCCCCACCCCUAUCUCCUCACUCGUUGCCUGAAGCUUGGCCCCCCAUGAGUGACCUGUCGGGAAACAGUCGCAGUUUUCAAUACUCCUUACAGAUAUGCAAUUCAGUGUUUCCGGAGCUGAAACACAGGUGCCGAUCCGAUGGGAUUGGGUUACUGCGCUCACAGACGGAAGCAAACCAGCCGCGGGCGCUGGGAGCAGGGACCUCCGUUUUACACUGUGUGAGGUGGAUGUAGAUGAGACCUAGAUUGUACGACCAGCCCAACAAGUUCAAGCAGCGGCUGAUGACCAGCGAUCCAGUUACCUGCAAUGUUUACACCGUAGUCACAUAGAUGUCAGGACUGCUUAAUUCUUCCAUCUGAAUUCACACUGAGGAACGGCGCUUCCCAUCGAUGACAAUAUCUUGCCUCUGGUUGAAAUCGCAGACGUGGAGUCCACUUCUCGGUGACUUUUGUUUUGUUUUGUUUUAACAAUCGUUAUUUCUAAAUUAUGAAAAGUUUAAAAAAAAUAUAUUGUUGGAUUUGACAUCGUUCAGGAUACAGGAACGAAACUACGACACAAUUCAUUCUGUGCAAUCUACCAGAUCCGUGGAGCUGUUUCCAAUGUACGUGUGGUGUCAUUGUGGUAAAUAAGAUGAAAAAUGUAUAUCAGAAAAAAAAUCUAUCUUUAACAUAUAAUGUGGUACAUAAAUAUAUCGAACAAUAAAGAGAAAACAUAGUCGAU